AUGGUACUUGUGAUUACUAGGAAAUUAUUUUCGGCAAAUAAAAUAAAAAAACAUGCUGAUAUUAAUUUAAUGUGUAAGAAACAUUUUGGAGGUGUGAAAUUUUUAGACGCUAACAGAACAGCAGAUGAAUCAGUUUAUUUCAAGAAGGAAGAUGAAGCAUUACUACGAAACUUAUUAAAAGCCAACCCCAAUAUUAACCCAGAUUAUGAUUUUAGUAGUGUAGAAAGUGAAAUGAGUGAUUUAUCUCAUGAUUUAUCUCUUGUAUUUUCAAAGCAUGGAAUAAAAGGAUUAGAUACGGGUGAUGCCAUAAGGGAUAUUAUAAAAGUGUUUGAACUGAACGGUUAUAGAAAAUCUUUAGAUUCAUAA